AUGGGUAGCGUGCUAUUUGCAGCUGUAUUCAUAGCAUUACACUUUGCCACCGGCGGCCUGGCCAAUCCAGAUGCAAAGCGUCUGUACGACGAUCUGCUGAGCAAUUACAAUCGACUCAUACGACCCGUUGGCAAUAACUCGGAUCGUCUGACGGUCAAAAUGGGUCUGCGGCUCUCACAGUUAAUCGAUGUGAAUUUAAAAAAUCAGAUUAUGACGACCAACGUGUGGGUGGAGCAGGAAUGGAACGACUACAAAUUGAAAUGGAAUCCCGAUGACUAUGGUGGUGUCGACACGCUGCAUGUGCCCUCAGAACACAUAUGGCUGCCGGAUAUUGUACUAUAUAACAACGCCGAUGGCAACUAUGAAGUGACAAUAAUGACUAAAGCAAUUCUGCACCACACGGGAAAAGUGGUCUGGAAACCACCCGCCAUUUAUAAAUCGUUUUGUGAAAUUGAUGUCGAAUAUUUUCCAUUCGAUGAGCAGACAUGUUUCAUGAAGUUCGGCUCAUGGACAUACGAUGGUUAUAUGGUGGACUUGCGGCAUUUGAAACAAACAGCCGACUCGGACAACAUUGAGGUGGGGAUCGAUUUGCAGGAUUAUUACAUCUCAGUCGAGUGGGAUAUUAUGAGAGUGCCCGCAGUGCGGAAUGAGAAGUUCUAUAGCUGCUGUGAGGAGCCAUAUCUGGACAUUGUGUUCAAUCUGACGCUGAGGCGAAAGACGCUUUUCUACACGGUCAACCUGAUCAUACCCUGUGUGGGAAUAUCAUUUCUAUCCGUGCUGGUCUUCUACCUGCCCAGCGACUCGGGCGAGAAGAUCUCACUUUGUAUCAGCAUUCUGCUAUCGUUGACUGUGUUUUUUCUGCUUCUCGCCGAAAUUAUACCGCCGACAUCGUUGACUGUGCCGCUGCUGGGAAAAUAUCUACUCUUUACUAUGAUGCUGGUCACACUGUCUGUUGUAGUAACCAUUGCGGUGCUUAAUGUCAACUUUAGAUCGCCCGUAACGCAUCGUAUGGCGCCUUGGGUGCAACGAGUUUUCAUACAAAUCCUGCCGAAGCUGCUCUGCAUCGAGCGGCCCAAGAAGGAGGAUCCCGAAGAGGAUCAGCCGCCCGAGGUGCUCACGGAUGUCUUUCAUUUGCCGCCGGACGUCGACAAGUUUGUCAACUACGACACAAAGCGUUUCAGCGGUGACUAUGGCAUACCAGUUUUACCCGCCUCGCAUCGCUUCGACUUGGCGGCGGCGGGCGGAAUUGCCGCCCAUUGCUUUGGUGAUCCACCUCUGCCCUCCUCUCUGCCACUGCCAGGCGCUGACGAUGAUCUGUUCAGUCCAUCUGGUCUCAAUGGCGACAUCAGUCCCGGCUGUUGUCCGGCAGCCGCGGCAGCUGCAGCUGCUGCCGCCGCCGCCGAUCUCAGCCCCACAUUCGAGAGGCCCUAUGCCAGGGAAAUGGAGAAGACCAUCGAGGGUUCUCGCUUCAUAGCGCAGCAUGUGAAAAACAAAGAUAAAUUCGAGAGCGUGGAGGAGGAUUGGAAAUACGUAGCCAUGGUAUUGGAUCGAAUGUUUCUUUGGAUUUUCGCAAUCGCUUGCGUGGUCGGAACAGCGCUAAUUAUAUUGCAAGCGCCAAGUUUGUACGAUCAAUCGCAGCCGAUUGAUAUAUUAUAUUCAAAAAUUGCAAAGAAAAAAAUCGAGCUGCUGACCAUGGGCAGUGAAAACUCCUUAUAA